UUUCGCUGGCCUACAAAUAUUCUUUAUAAAAAUAAAUAAAUGGAAUGCAUUCUUGUGUUGUGAUUGUGACAGCAAUGAUAAAACACUAGAGAGAAAAAUUUAGUAGAGUGAACAAAUAGCACCAAUUUCUUAAUAAAAGACUGAUUAUUCAAGAAAAUGUUUCGUUUAAUGAACAGUAUUCGCUGCCUUAGCAAUGGGUUGGCCAGAAGGAAAUUUUCAAGUAAUGCAGAAAAAUUUGUGGAUUUGGCAGUUAAUGAACAAACAGGGUUUGCUACUAUUACUAUGCAAAGACUGCCAGUAAAUAGUUUGAAUUUAGAACUUUUAACACAAUUAUCGGAUUCGUUUGAUCAAGUUGAAGAAAAUAAAUGUAGGGGCAUGAUUUUAACAUCAGCCUCCAAUAAAGUGUUUAGUGCAGGAUUAGAUAUUACAGAAAUGUACAAACCUAAUGAUGAUAGACUUAAAGCGUUUUGGAGCAAGUUGCAAGAAGUGUGGCUAAAAUUAUAUGGAUCUUCUUACCCAACUGUAGCUGCAAUUAAUGGCCAUUCUCCAGCUGGUGGAUGCUUGUUGGCAUUAAGUUGUGAAUAUCGUGUAAUGGUCAAUGCGUUUACAAUAGGAUUAAAUGAAACACAAUUAGGUAUUGUUGCACCAACAUGGUUCCAAGCUUCAAUGAGAAAUGUUUUGUCAAAACGGGAUUCUGAGCUAGCUUUAACUACUGGCCGAAUGUUUACAACAGAAGAGGCAUUAAAAGCUGGCUUAAUUGAUGAAAUAGCUAAUGACAAAGCUGAUGCUAUAGCUAGGGCAGAACAAUUUUUAUUACGCUUUAAAGGAGUUUCUCCACAAGCUAGAACAAUAACAAAACUUGCUUUAAGAGCUGAAGAUUUAAAAGCCUUAGAAGAAAAUAGAGAUCAAGAUGUGCAAUUAUUUGUAUUUGCAGUGAAAGAUCCAAAAGUCCAGAAAGGUUUGGGAGUAUAUAUGGAAUCAUUAAAAACUAAAAAAUAA